ACGGUGUGUUACCAAGUUACAGAGAUAUUGUCUCUGGGGAAACCGGAUCCAUGGAGUGCUCCUAAACAUCUCACUGUCACUGCACAAUGCCGGCAGCCGAGGGUCCGCUAUGGUGAGCACACAGAACAGAAGCCUGCAAAUGAAUGUGGCAUUUAUAGAGACAAAGUGAAUGAGUGACCACAUGAAGACAUGUCAGAAAGCUCCUCAGGUGUGAACACAAGCAGUAACAGCUUUUCCAAAUCCUAUUCAUCGCACUGCUCUGAUCUAAGCGAAACCAACACAUCUUUACCAGUUUUGCCAAGCAACAGAAGAACACUGCAGCAAAGCAGUGAUUCUGGCAUUUCAUCUCCUCUUCCAUGUGAUGCCUUCAAAUAUCUAACUUGGCACAAGUUGAAAGAACAUGAUGUACAAGGGACUCAACUUCGUUGUCCUAGAGUAAAAGAAGGACCACCAGAGGAUGAACUAGUAAUAAGAGGAGAGGUACAUCUAUUCCAAGAAAGGACACACACAAAUGAUAAAGAGAUAUGGAGACAAAGACUGCAAGAGAACUGGGAGAACUGUGUGAACAUAAAUCUGUCUUAUCAGGGUCUCGGAGACCCUUACCAGCAAUACAACUUUCAUCGUAUUCUUCUACGUCUGAUAAGAGUAGAAAGGCUUUGGUUGGUUGAUAACUCCUUGAAAGACUUGAGUGCCAUUCGAUUGCCAAGGUGCAAAGAACUAAAUUUAAGCAAAAAUCACUUUAUAUCAUUUAAACAACUGCCAAAGCUUCCUGCAAUCCAGCAUUUAUCACUAGCAGAAAAUAAUAUUGAAUCAUUACAUGGACUUUCGGACUUGAAGCAUUCUCCACUAGAGUCACUUGUUCUGAAGUCAAAUCCAUGUGAGUUUUUGGAAGACUAUAGAUUACGAGUGUUCUCUAUUUUGCCAAACUUGAAAACAUUGGAUGGAAUUCCCAAACUCCCAGAAGAUUGGGCAGCAGCAGAAGAAAGCCAUUUUCUAUUAAGCAAAUGCACAAUUUUGUAACCCUAUUCUUGCAUUAGUGCCUGACAUCUUAUCUUCAAGCAAAGUACAUAUGAAUGUAAAAAAAAAUAAAAAAAUAAGUAAGUUAAUUUUCUCA